AUGCGCCUUCAGCAAUUGUUCACCGUCUCCAGCUUCAUCCUCGCGGGCAAUGUUGCUUUCGGGGCAGACCUAGACCGAAAUGACCUGCCCAGUGACUGCCACUCAGCUUGCGACCCGCUCGUAAGCAUCUCCCAACGAUGCGACAGGCAAAGCGACGACGACGCGGACGAAGCCAGGUGCAUCUGUGAUGCGGAUGAUGCACAAACUAUUAUCCCUCGAUGUGAAGCAUGCAUCGCGCAGUACAGAUCAGAUCAUCCGCAAGACAACGACAAUGACGGCGACGACAACGAUGACGAUGACGAUGAUAACAAUGAUACUGGCCCUCAUGACAAUGACGCAUAUGACAUGCUCACUGCCUGCAACCUCCAGACUACCUCCUACCAACCUUCGUCCUCAGGCGGCAGCAGCAGCAGCAGUGGCGGCGGAGGAGGCUCACGAAGAUUCGUCCAGCGCACUUCCAGUGCGCAUCAUUCAUCUUCCAGACGUCCUUCAUCAUCCGGGCAUCGCUCCUCUUCCGCUCGUCCUUCCUCUUCCGGCCGCACCUCGAGCACCCCCACUCACUCGCCCACCCAUAUCGACGACGACGACGAUCUCGACUUCCCAGAUCCAACCGAUUAG